AUGUCUGACUCCGUAAUUCUUCGCAGCGUGAAGAAAUCUGGAGAGGAGAAUUAUGGCUUUGAGUCAGAUGGAUCAUAUAACAACGAUAAAAAUUCAAGGUUACAAGAUGAGAAGAAAAGUAGCAGCGGUCAAGUUGGCUUCUUUCAAUUGUUUCGAUUUGCUUCAACAACUGACAUUUGGCUGAUGUUUGUGGGAAGUUUAUGCGCAUUUCUCCAUGGACUAGCCUAUCCAGGCGUGCUACUCAUUUUUGGCACAAUAACAGAUGCUUUUAUUGACUACGACGUUGAAGUACAAGAACUCAAGAUCCCUGGAAAAGCAUGUGUGAAUAACACCGUAGUAUGGAUCAACAGCUCCCUCAACCAGAACGUGACAAAUGGAACGCCUUGUGGGUUGCUGAACAUUGAAAGUGAAAUGAUCAAAUUUGCCGGUUACUAUGCUGGAGUCGCUGUUGCCGUCCUUAUCACAGCAUAUAUUCAAAUAUGCUUUUGGGUAAUUGCUGCAGCUCAUCAGACACAGAAAAUCAGAAAACUUUACUUUAGGAGAAUAAUGAGAAUGGAAAUAGGAUGGUUCGACUGCAAUUCAGUGGGAGAGCUGAACACAAGAUUUUCUGAUGAUAUUAAUAAAAUCAACGACGCCAUUGCCGACCAAACGGCCAUCUUCAUUCAGCGCAUGACCACGAGCAUCUGUGGAUUUCUGCUGGGAUUUUACCAGGGUUGGAAACUGACCUUGGUUAUUAUGUCCGUCAGCCCUCUCAUUGGGAUUGGAGCAGCCGUCAUUGGUCUGAGUGUGUCCAAGUUUACUGACCAGGAAUUGAAGGCCUAUGCCAAAGCAGGGUCAGUGGCUGAUGAAGUCAUUUCAUCCAUGCGAACAGUGGCUGCUUUCGGUGGUGAGAACAAAGAGGUUGAAAGGUAUGAGAAAAAUCUUGUGUUUGCCCAGCGUUGGGGAAUUAGAAAAGGGAUAGUGAUGGGAUUCUUUACUGGAUUCAUGUGGUGUCUCAUCUUCUUGAGUUAUGCACUGGCCUUCUGGUAUGGCUCCAAACUCGUUCUGGAUGAUGGAGAAUAUACAGCAGGAACCCUCGUCCAGAUUUUCCUUGGUGUCGUAGUAGGAGCUUUAAAUCUUGGCAAUAUGUCUUCUUGUUUGGAAGCCUUUGCAACUGGACGUGCAGCGGCCACCAGCAUUUUUGAAACAAUAGACCGGAAACCCAUCAUCGACUGCAUGUCAGAAGAUGGUUACAAGUUGGAUCGAAUUAAGGGUGAAAUUGAGUUCCAUAAUGUGACCUUCUACUAUCCUUCCAGACCAGAGGUGAAGAUUUUAAAUAACCUCAGCAUGGUCGUUAAAUCAGGGGAAAUGACAGCUGUGGUGGGAUCCAGUGGAGCUGGGAAAAGCACAACACUACAGCUCAUUCAGCGAUUCUAUGACCCCAGUGAAGGCAUGGUGACUUUGGAUGGCCAUGACAUUCGCUCUCUUAACAUUCAGUGGCUUAGAGCUCAGAUUGGCAUAGUGGAGCAAGAACCCGUUCUGUUUUCCACCACCAUUGCAGAGAAUAUUCGCUAUGGCAGAGAAGAUGCAACGAUGGAAGAUAUAAUCCGAGCUGCCAAGGAAGCCAACGCCUACAACUUCAUCAUGGACCUGCCACAGCAAUUCGACACUCUUGUUGGAGAAGGAGGAGGCCAGAUGAGUGGCGGCCAGAAACAAAGAGUAGCCAUUGCUAGGGCCCUUGUCCGAAACCCCAAGAUCCUGCUGUUGGACAUGGCCACCUCAGCACUGGACAAUGAGAGUGAAGCCAUGGUACAAGAGGCAUUGAGUAAGAUUCAGCAUGGACACACAAUCAUUUCAGUCGCUCAUCGCCUAUCCACAGUCAGAGCCGCAGACGUCAUUAUUGGAUUUGAACAUGGUACAGCAGUGGAAAGAGGCACCCAUAAAGAAUUGUUGGAAAGGAAAGGAGUUUACUUCACUCUAGUGACUUUGCAAAGUCAAGGAGAUCAAGCUCUUAAUGAAGAGGACGUAAAGGGAAAAGACGAAACUGAAGGUGCCUUACUUGAGAGAAAACAGACCUUUAGCAGAGGGAGCUACCAGGCUAGUUUAAGAGCUUCCAUCCGGCAACGUUCCAAGUCUCAGCUUUCUUACCUGGCACAUGAACCUCCAUUAGCUGUUGUAAAUCAUAAGUCUACUCAUGAAGAAGACAGAAAGGACAAGGACAUUCCUGUGGAAGAAGAAAUUGAACCUGCCCCAGUUAGAAGGAUUCUGAAAUUCAAUGCUCCAGAAUGGCCCUACGUGCUGGUAGGGGCUGUGGGGGCAGCUGUCAAUGGGACAGUCACACCCCUCUAUGCCUUUUUAUUCAGCCAGAUUCUUGGGACUUUUUCACUUCCUGAUAAAGAAGAACAGAGGUCGCAGAUCAAUGGUGUGUGCCUGCUCUUUGUAGCACUGGGCUGUGUAUCCCUUUGCACUCAAUUUCUGCAGGGAUAUGCUUUUGCUAAAUCUGGAGAACUCCUCACAAAAAGGCUACGUAAAUUUGGUUUCAGAGCAAUAUUGGGGCAAGACAUUGGCUGGUUUGAUGACCUCAGAAAUAGCCCUGGAGCACUGACAACAAGGCUUGCUACAGACGCUUCCCAAGUUCAAGGGGCUACCGGCUCUCAAAUCGGGAUGAUGGUCAAUUCCUUCACUAACAUCACUGCUGCCAUGAUCAUUGCCUUCUUCUUUAGCUGGAAGCUAAGCCUGGUCGUAGUGUGCUUCUUCCCUUUCUUGGCUUUAUCGGGAGCUGUACAGACUAGAAUGCUGACGGGAUUUGCCUCUCAAGACAAGAAGGCUCUGGAGACAGUGGGACAGAUUACAAAUGAAGCCCUCAGUAAUAUCCGCACUAUUGCUGGAAUUGGAAAGGAGAGGCGGUUUAUUAAAGCGUUUGAGACUGAGCUGGAGAAGCCAUUCAAGACAGCCAUUCGAAAAGCGAAUAUUUAUGGAAUCUGCUUUGGUUUUUCCCAAUGCAUAGUGUUUGUUGCGAAUUCUGCUUCCUACAGAUAUGGAGGUUACUUAAUCCUCCAUGAGGGGCUCCAUUUCAGCUAUGUGUUCAGGGUGAUCUCUUCAGUUGUAAUGAGUGCGACAGCUCUUGGAAGAGCCUCUUCUUACACCCCGAGUUAUGCCAAAGCUAAAAUAUCAGCUGCACGCUUUUUUCAACUGCUGGACCGACGACCCCUGAUCAAUGUAUACAGUGGUGCAGGUGAAAAAUGGGACAACUUCCAAGGGCAGAUUGACUUCGUUGACUGUAAAUUUACAUAUCCUUCUCGACCUGAUGUACAAGUUCUGAAUGGUCUCUCAGUGUCGGUUAGUCCAGGGCAAACACUAGCAUUUGUUGGAAGCAGUGGAUGUGGCAAAAGUACCAGUAUUCAGCUGCUGGAACGUUUCUAUGAUCCUGACCAAGGGAAGGUGAUGAUAGAUGGGCAUGACAGCAAAAAAGUAAAUGUCCAGUUUCUCCGCUCGAACAUUGGGAUUGUUUCCCAGGAACCAGUGUUGUUCGCCUGUAGCAUAAUGGACAAUAUCAAGUAUGGGGACAACACCAAAGAAAUUCCCAUGGAAAAAGUCAUAGAAGCUGCAAAGCAGGCUCAGCUGCAUGACUUUGUCAUGUCACUCCCAGAGAAAUAUGAAACUAAUGUUGGGUCCCAGGGGUCUCAACUCUCUCGAGGGGAGAAACAACGCAUUGCUAUUGCUCGGGCCAUUGUACGAGAUCCUAAGAUCUUGCUACUAGAUGAAGCUACUUCUGCCUUAGACACAGAAAGUGAAAAGACGGUGCAGGUUGCCCUGGACAAAGCUAGAGAAGGUCGGACCUGCAUUGUUAUUGCCCAUCGCUUGUCCACCAUCCAAAACUCGGAUAUCAUUGCUGUCAUGUCACAGGGGACAGUGAUUGAAAAGGGGACCCAUGAAGAACUGAUGGCCCAGAAAGAAGCCUACUACAAACUAGUCACCACAGGAGCCCCUGUCAGUUGACCUGAUUCAAGGA